UGAUGAAAUCUGGAAUUAUUAUAACAAAGGUCAAGAGAAAAAUGAUGGCCAUUAUUCCGCAACAUGCUAUUAUUGUAGUAAAACUUGGGCAAGGGGUAAACCUGCAAAAUUGAAAGCACACCUAGCUAAUAAAUGCUUGCCUUGUCCACCAGAUAUUAGUAAAUUUUGGAAAGAUACACUUGCAACAGAAGUGGUCAAUUACUCUCGUUCAAAAAAAAAUCCUACUACACCUCUUCCUGGUAUACAACCAUAUAUAACAGAUCAUUUUGGUUCAAAAAAACCUCUACCACUUUUUGUUACUGAAAGAAUUGAUCAUGCUUUGUUGAAAGCAUGGAUAAUUGCUGAAAAUAGAGAUGUAAUUUCAAAUGAUGAAGUAUUGUUUUUAUUACAAAAUGAAGAUUUUUUAACUAAAUGCUGCCAUAUUCAUUCAGUUUGGGGUCCUAUUAAAGAAUGUAUAAACAUACUAGAAUCAAACACAGCCACCUUGGCAGAUUGUUUUAUUUACAUGAUCAAAUUAGCUGUUGCAAUUUUCAAAUUGCCAGACUCAAAUCAAUUUAAAACUUCUGCAAUCCAUAUAUUUAACAAUCGUUAUAUAGAAUUUCAACAUCCUGCUUAUCUAUUAUGUUAUUACAUUCAUCCAUUAUACAGAGAGGCAGCAUUAGUUGCUGUUAAAUUGUGGAAAAAUUUAAACCAUAGUGAACAAGAAAAAAUGGACACACCUGAACUUUGGUGGGGUUCAAUUAAAAAUAAACCUAGCCACUUAUCUGAAAUUGCAAUCAGAUUAUUUGGAAUAACCCCAACUCAAUCAAAUUGUGGAAGAAAUUUUUCUACUCUUAAAUGGAUAAUAGGAGAUCGCAGAACUAGACUUGCCAUACAGAGACUUGAAUAUUUCAAAAAUUAG